AUGGAAACAUGCGAGGGGAGGCGGCGAGAAGAGAAGAUGAUGGAGGCGAUGGCGGGAUGGAUUGAGGCCUCGGAGAUCCAAGCAGACCUGCUGAGGCAGCUGGACGAGCUGACUAGCCGGCAUGCUGAAAUUGAGAGUGAGAAUGGGCGGCUGAGGGAGGAGACGAGGAGGUUGAGGUUGAGCGUGGGAGCUACAUCAAGCAAAGAAGCUUCUUUGUCUGCAUGCAGAGAGCUGAUCUCGCUGCUUGGCGAUGUACAGAAGAUCUCCUGUGCUCUAGCAGAUUGUUUCCUUCAUAGUCAUGGAGGACAGGAGCACGAUGGCGCAGACCCGGCUUGGAAAAACAUGCACGCUGCUCGACAUGAUUCUCUUGAGUCAGAUUCAGAUAUUCUCGGCCAUGCUCAACACCGAUGUGGAGGAGACGCCCGAGCGCAUGACGCCUCCUCUGACUCUUUGUUCGAUGAUAUGAACCCGGUGCUCGUCCAAUCGGACCAGCAGUUGCGGCCCAGGCGAGGAAUUGAGGGUCAGAGUUGGGCAGCAGAUAUGAGCUGCUUGUUGGAAGAAAUCAGGGAAUUUGUUGAUGAAAUAUCUCUAGUGCGAGAGACGAUCGAUGACUUUUCGGUUGCGCUUCAAGCAGAUGCAACAGUCUUGCAUGGUCGGCAGUGCAGUACACUCAAACGAACAUCAAACAACACCCGCGUUGCGAUGAUAUCAGCAGACAGCGUGUUCGGACUGCAAGUUUGCCUGCUGUCGCUUUCAGAGCUUGUCUCCAAGUCUUACGGUGAAGCUGCCGCACUCAUCGACGAUGUUGGGGCCUCCAUGCACUCCGAGGUAGAGCGCUGCAUGCUGAUGGAACGAGCCGCACGAGAGACCUGGGAAGAGAACAUCAGGCUGCGACAGGAGAUGUUUGCCAUGUCGCAGCAGCUCGACAGGAUGCAGGAGGCGCUGGAAGGGGCGAUGAACUGCUCUGCUGAGCACGAGAGGAGAGGAGGGGAGAAGCUGAGCGCGGAUGACUUGCGGAGGAUAGCAGAGGAGACAGUUCUGGAGAAUAUCAAGUUCCGACAUCAGAUCUCUGACAUGUCUCGGGCCAUGGAGCAUUUGCAGGAGUUUGCUGAUGGUGUAAGAGCACAAGAGAUGGCCGGGAUGGGGAGAGAGGAGACGAGGCAAAUCGCAGAGGUCACUGUGAGGGAGAACAUCCUCUUGCGCCAGGAGAUCUACACGUUGUCAUGCGAGGUGCGCAGUUUGCAUGAGAGCAAGAGGAAGCGUGAGGAAGCGAGUACGAUCGAUCAGGAGGGGGGAGGAUGUGUUGAAGAAGCAUGCGCUUGUAUGUUAGCAAGGAUGCAGGAUCUUGAAACAUUGUUGUCCCUCAUUGGUAUUUCAGUGGAGCAAAGAGUGAAAAGAGAAGGGAGGAUAGAAAACCGAAUGUUUGAGAAUAUCUUGAGCACCGUCAGUCUCAUCGAGAUUGUUUUGACUCAGGUCGGUUCGAGCCUGGAUUUCAAGUUGAACAGCGUUAAAUAUGUCUGUCGGCAAUAUGACAGUCAUAGAACAGCUGGUUUCGAUAAAGGCGUCAUGAUGCUUGAUGUAUCGAAACGAUUGCAGACCUCGGACGGUAACGAUUUACCCGCUCAGAAUGACGUUGAGAAGCUGAAUUUGAUGGAUGUCAUGUGGAAGGUGGAAGAAAGUGUGCAAAGCAUUUGCAUCGUCUUGGAGACGUUCAUCGAGAAGAGCUAUCAGAAGGCGUUCGACCUCGACCAACAAGUCGAUAGCUAUCGGAUGAGCGAUACAGGUGCAUGCAGGGAGCUGCUGGAUCGAGGGGUCGAAGGAAACGCUCGACUCUCAUGUACCAAAGAGUCUAGUACCAGAUCCAACUCGAUGAUUGACCCGAGGAACUCAAACAUUGAAGGUUUUGUCAACCGGCAAGAGUCGGUCAUCGUGACGAUGCAGGAAACUCUGCAGGGUCUGGAGAGGGCGAUGAAUCGGCUGGGACUCAUGAUAUUCGCCUGCCGUACCCGAUCGAGAGAGACUGUGGGGAGCAAUGAGCUCUUACAACCACGAUCUGCUCAUCCUGGUAUGAGCGAAGGGGAGCUGGGAGAGGGGAACCUCCAAGACCUCCAGCAGAGGGUUGAAGAAGCAGAAAGCAGGGCGAGUAGAGCACAACUACAGGCGCAAGUUCUACAGAAAAAGCUCAUGGCGACAAGACUUCUGGCGGCAAGGCAGAGGAUGGACUUGCAUGAGGACGUGGGCAACAUGACAACCUCUACCUUCUCUUCUUACUUGGCUGAGGAUACCUCCUCCUCCUCGCACACCAGACCAACCCCCGCAGUCAGAGAUCCUGUCUUGCGCGAUUGGGAGAGGGCUUGUGCGAGAUGGGAGCAGCACUGUCGCAUUGGGCUGAAGGGUCUGUUUGCACAGAGAAGUGAAUACCAGGAGAUAUGCAUGUUCUUACAUGCAGAAGUGAUACCUUUGCUCAGCUUUACUGCCAGCCAGCCAAGUCAGACUGACUCGAUGAAUCAGAAGCUGAUUGCGUGCGUGGUGGAGGGUUUCUUCGAAUCCAUUCCUGUCCGUGUCGACACAUCGAACAUGAAGGGAAACUGGAUGGACCUACUGGAUCUGAAGACAUUACUGCAGGUCAGUUUGCUCACUCUGCAACACUUCAUCUCGAUGACAAGUCGUGACAUCCAGGUGCUCCUGGCUUGGAUCAAAGAAGCCUCUGACAGGGAUUAUGUCUUUGAAGCAAUCGCCCUGGUUCGAAGAAGCAGGUCCCUUCCUGUCCUGGUGGUUGACUCUGUGGAGACUGAAAUCAAAUCCUUGAUUGGAGAGAGGUAG